AAAAUUUCAUGCUAGUUUAGUCUUUAUAUGUGUCAUUAUUGUUAAUGUCCUUAGACGAUUCUACAACGUGACUAAUGAAAACAAAACAUGUACACGAACAUAACAUUUGAUUCACAUCUUAACAUGCUAGGAAUUUGAAAAUUUUUACAAUUAAUAUGGGAAGAAGGAGCUAAUGUUAAUGUAAAAAACAACAUAAUGAAAUCGUUCAAGUGUUGUUAAUUGUGUGGUCAAAUCACCGGGAUAAGGCUAUUCAUUGAGAUUUGAUGGGUGCAAGUUGACAUUUUGAGGAGAUGCAGGAAGCAAUUUCUCAAAAUUUUCGUCAGAGCCCAUUAUGAGUAUUGGGCCUCCACCAAUAACAGCAAUGGGUUAACAAUCCGCCACGUGGCUAGAUCAGUGCCGCUUAGGAAAAAGUGGUCCCACUCCUCUCUCCACCCCAAAAAAACUCAUUACCUGCCACUCGAAAGCUCUUGGCUUCCAAACGGAUAACAUAAUUAAUUACACUCACUUCCCAUUCCAACACACAUGGCAUCCAUUCCCCUCCUCUCGCCACCCGCCGCCGCUACCACGACUACCGCCGCUGCAUGCAGCAACCAAUCCUGCUCCGUUCCCCUCUUCCCACUCUUCUCCAAGUCCCACCGUCGACUCACGCGCCUUCACGUGUCCUCCCCCACUAACAAUCCCCGCACGGCCGCCACCCCCACCACUCCCCCCACCUCCGGCGAGACCAUAUUCUUCGACGGCGGGGCCCACUACGGCGACCUGGUGGCGAACCUGCUUCUGGGAUUUACUCUCUUCUGGCUCCCCCUAACCCUAGCGGCAGUGUCACGCGCCAUGUACCUGCGGUACAGGUUCACGAACCUGAGGGUGACGGUGAUCUCGGGGUUGACGGGUGAGGAUCGAAGCGACUUUGGGUACAGCGUGAUAAAGGAGGUGCAGGUGGUGCCACGUUUGAUCGGAGAGUGGGGUGACGUUAUCAUAACCCUGAAGGACGGAACGAAGGUGGACCUUAGGAGUGUCCCUAAAUUUAGAGAGAUCGCUAAGUACUGCCUGGAAAUGGCGAAGAAAUCCCAAGUUUUGAAGGAAAGUGGACCCAAAGGUUUUUAGUUUCCUUACUCCUUCUAUUCUUUCUUUCUUUCUUAUACACCUUCUGCUGCACUAUCCCUCUUUCUAUACUUAAUGUAAAUUUCUAUUUCAUUUUCUUCUGUCAAAUUGCUUUAUUCCUGUUUCGGUGGUGUGAUAAGUCCGGCUAUUUCAAAAAAUAUCAAGAGAAUAUGGAUGAGAGUAAAAAUGUUAACUUGAUUAAUGUCAAGUAGAUUGGAGCAA